AUGCAGACCUCCUUUUGUUUAUUUUGUGCGUUGUUUUUCAUAUUUGGCAACAUUCAUGGAGACGAGCUCCCCAAAGGAGUUCCGCUAUCGAGAUCUUCGUUUUAUAAAGUUGGGCAGUCGUUUACUUGCCUAGAUGGCUCUUCAGAUAUACCAUGGUGGCAAGUGAACGACGAUUACUGUGAUUGCCGCGAUGGAUCAGAUGAACCCGGCACAUCUGCUUGUCUUAAUGGUCGUUUUUUCUGCCGCGAUAUGCAGUACAGACCUGUGUACCUUCCUUCUGCUUACGUCAACGACUCUAUUUGUGAUUGUUGCGAUGGUGGUGAUGAAUACGGAAGUUCUACCAAUUGUCCGUCAACUUGUGGCUCUUUGGCUGCAUCUUUGCGUGAAGCACAAUCCAUUAAACGAAAUCAAAUUGAACAAGGACAUAAAAUUUUUCAAGAAUACGUCACAAACUUAAAAGAACGUAAAGCGAAAGGACUUUUUAAUGAAGAUAAACAGUAUGAUGAAACACUGAAACUUGCGGAAUAUGAUGUCAAUAGUGAUAGUAGUAGUAGUAGUAAUGAUAAUAAUGUUAAUGACAAUGAAGGAAGUAUUCAAACAAAUGAAGAAAAUGUUGAUUCUCAUUUAUCGGUUGGUGAAGAGAAACAAGCACUGAAUGAACCGUCAUCAUCGUCAAUUGAUUCGAAUCAACAGUCCUUUACACAUGAUAAUGACAAUACACUUAUCGAACAUGAAGCAUCUUCAUUAAGUGAUACGGAGUCUCAUGAGAAAAAAGCAAGUGAAUACGAUGGGCAUCAUGUUGGUGAUGAAGACAGUCAUAUGGAUUAUGACGAAUCAAAUGUUGCUGUUACUGAUAAACAACUCGACGACGAAUCACAUCAUGAAAUCCCAGAAACCCCAUCACCUGAUGAAAAACCUGUUAUUAAAGAUAUACCAACGCCUAUUCCUAUUGAUUAUGGACCAGAAGAAGGUUUUCGUAUGCUUACUGAAUUACCAAAUGGUUGUUUAGAGUUGAACGAUCGAGAAUACACAUACAGCCUUUGUCCUUUUAAAUCAGUUCAUCAAAAAUCAAUUGGUUCAUCGAAUUCUGAUCCAGGAACAUGUAUAGGCCGAUGGGGUCGUUGGUUAGAAUCUGAUGAGUAUGAAAAGUCUUAUAAAGUUAUGUAUUACGAAAAUGGUCAACAGUGUUGGAAUGGACCAACAAGAACUACCAAGGUAUUUGUCGAUUGUGGUGAUUCAAAUCAUUUGACUUCAGUGAAUGAACCAUCUCGAUGUGAAUAUGUUAUGCAAUUGAUUACACCAGCUGCAUGCAGUGAAGAUCCUGAUGAAUUAUUUAAGAAAUUACAUCCCGAAUUUACAUUAUCAUUCGUUACAGAAGAUUUACUUAAGUCAACUACAUUAACAAAAAUGUACGAAAAGUGUUCAAUUAUCAAUGAAUUUAUUAAAUGUGAACCGAAAUCUCAAUUCAAAGGUGCAUUUAUAUUGAUAAUUGUUGGUUUAAUAUUGGGGUUUGUUAUAUUCAUGAUUAGAAAAUUACAUCGUCCAACAUUGAUCAACACUAUCAUAGCUGGUUUAACAGCAAAUCUAUUAUCGUUUGGUGUUACUUUAUUUUGUGGCUUCUUUGAAUUUAAAUACGUUGUCAUGGAUGCCAUUGUAGCAUUUGUAUUGGGUAUCAUUACUAUCUUAUUAAGUAUGAAGAUAACAUCAUUCCAACGGAGAUGGAAGAUUAUCUUAUUUAUCAUAAUAUGUGGAUUACUAGUUAUAGGAUUCCUUUCUAUUGUAUUAUCUUAUUUCUAUUGUAUCUUUGAAAUCGUAUUCAAUACAUGUUGGAUUUGUUUAAUUCUACUUGCAAUUGUUUUCACUCCAUAUUAUUUCUACUUAAAUAAUGAAUCAACCGAAUAUUCAUCCUAUUUCAUUGGUUUUAUAAAUGUAUUUGAAAUUAUCACAUUAUAUUUGUUUGUAUUAAUCACAUCAUUGGAUAUUGGACAAACCACAUUGAAAUGUGAUUAUGGCGGGAAUGAAUGAUCAAUCGAAAGAAGAUGAUGGCGAUGAUGGUGGUGAUGAUGAUAAUGAUCGAGCUUAAAUACAAAAGUUUGAUUCAAUCUUUAUUAAACAUUUACAAUCAUUGUAAUAUGAUUAUGUCAUAGUAUUGGGAUGUAUUUUUAUUAUGAUCACGAUGAGAAAACAAAAAAAGUAACUGAAAAGCUGUAUUUGUGGUCUUGACA